AUGGAGAACGGCAGCAGCGUGAAGGGAUUCAUCCUCCUGGGCCUCUCGGAGAACCAAGGGCUGCAGAAAAUCUAUUCGGUGCUCUUUCUGGCUUUCUAUCUGAUCACUGUGGCAGGAAAUCUGCUCAUAAUGCUCACUGUCAGCAGCAGCCAGGGCCUCAACUCCCCCAUGUACUUCUUCCUCUGCUCCCUGUCCUUUGUAGACAUCUGCUACUCCUCCACCACGGCUCCCAAACUGAUCGCCGGCCUGCUGGGGGGGAGUAAAAGCAUCUCCUUCGUGGCCUGCAUGGCCCAGCUCUUUGGCUUUCACUUCUUUGGCUGCGCUGAGAUCUUCCUCCUCACGGCCAUGGCCUACGACCGCUACGUUGCCAUCUGCAGGCCCCUCCACUACGCCGCCCUCAUGAGCGGCCGCGCCUGCGGCCUCAUGGUGCUGGGCUCGUGGCUCGGGGCCUUCUUCCACUCCACCCUGCAGCUCCUUCUCACCAUUCGCCUCCCGUUCUGCGGCCCAAACAAAAUCAAUC